CCGACAACUACUGAUGCAAGUCCAUUUUCUUCAUAUUAUGGAUUCCACCUCCGCCAUAACCAUCCUACCAUACCUGUUAUCCCAAUGACCAUUCCAAAAUGAGGCAAAGGGCAUGGAUAUCGUGAGUUGCUUACCCAACAUACAUGCUGUGCAAGGUCUGAGCGGUCUAACGUCACGAUGGCUGGCUAGCUCACUCGCCUGAUUGCCGGUACUGGCUCGUACCAAACAAAACAAAGGACAAACACACCAGCUGAGCGCCUUGGGUCUUGUAAGAGCAUCUGCAAUGCCUUGACUCACACCUGGCGCAGCGGCAGCGUUGAGCGCGAAGAUGAAGCCGCCUUGAGCUACACGGUCAAACUCCUUCAACGCCUUGAGGGCAUUCUCCACGAUGAGUCGCGCAGAGCCGCACCGCACUCCUGCCUCCGCUAUGUUGCCUCGAGCCAGACGUACAUCAUCAUCACUAAGCUCGCCGUUUCCUCUGCCAAUGCCGACAUCAUCAAAUCCUCUGCUCAGCUCUUCCACAUCCUCAUCAAUGGCGAGGCAGAGGGGUUGCUUGACAGCAAACUGUUUACCAGGUCUUUGUUAGAUCUGGUAUGCUUUGCUACAAUAGGAGGAAGGAUCAUCGUCGAAGAACGUCUAGAAACAGACCUGGUGGAAUUGCUAUUCGAGAUAGCUACCAAGAUCCGGCUCGACCCAGAUAUCCUUCCAGCUUGGUUCUAUCCAGAUCGAGAGGCCACACGUGGGCGCAAUGCUGCGGACGACUCUAGGAGAAGUCAAUUCCCAUUGUUCCAUGUGCUCGUGCAGUAUGUCCACCACGACGGCCCUGUGGGCGACUUUGCUCGCACGGCAUUGUUAUACCUGACGGAAACCGCCUCCAGAUUCAAGCCACUGGAGACUUGGAUGAUCGAGAGUGAUCUAGCGCCUCAGAUGGCUAGUGGUCUCGGUGCCCUAUACAGCAGGCUCAGCAGACAGUCGACUCCCGUUAGUGGCCAAGCCGCUGCACCUCCUAUUGUCUCCCUCUCAGAUCGCUCAGAGACGCUUGCUUCGCUCACGGAAGCACCACAAGUCUUUCAGCAAGACAUAAAAGCUUUCUUCACUUAUCUGGCUUUUUGGCAGGACACUUUGAACCAUUGCAAGUCGCCGGAGGUUAGUGAUACUCUCCUCGACCAUUUCCAGGUACUCUUUGUCCAACAACUCCUUUAUCCCUCGCUCCUGGAGUCAUCGGAUGUCGAAGGUGGCUCUACCGCCGCGGUUAUAACCCAUCUGUCUCGGAUCUUACUUGCUCUAGAUCACGAUCAGCUUGUCGACCGCAUCUUGCGCUACCUUUUGGCGUCACCAAGCAUGCCUCGCGGGCCGACAGAAAGAAGCCAUCGAAGACAGAGGAUGUCUGUUAGUAGACGGAAGUCUAUUGAUCACUUGAGAGCGCUUUCAGAAGUGGCCGACACUCCUUCUCCGAAUCUCUUCAAUCUCCUUGACUUGAUGGUAAUGAGCCUCAGAUCUCGCCAUUCAGAAACUGUCAAUGCUUGUCUCAAGCUCUUAUCAGUCAUUAUUGAGAAUCAUCAUUAUCAUGUGCUCACAAGUCUUUUCAAACUUGAACCGACGAAUACGUCUCCCGGCCAGCGCGGAGUAGAGCGGCUGAACAGCUCUUUGCUCAGAUUGUUUGACUGUGCUGCUGCGAUAGCCAAGAAUCCUGAGAUGGAUGAUUCAUAUCAGGCAGCACUGCUUGAUGUGCAGAUUCUACUGGAGCAGCACAGUUGUCUCCGCAUGAACCAAGCAGACGUAGACCGAACGGACGAACGAGACAUGUCCAUUGCCCAAGAGUGCAAACUCUUCGAAGCUCUCCUGACACUGCUCCGAAGCUUUUUCGCGAAUGACACUGUUACGAAUCUCUAUCUUACUGAGGCUGUCAUGGCCUUGGCUGCUUGUGAACAUAUGAACCUGCAGGGGUGGCUUCUACACCCAGGGACGGAGACCCAUAGUGAAGACUGCUCUACAACCAACAUCACCUUCAUCGUCGGUGAACUGAUCGAGCAAGUUCGUCAAUGGCGCUCACAAUUUACUGAAUGGGACGAGCUUAUUUUUCGAAGAAGACUGGAACUCUCAGAGGAUGACCCACUCACCAGUCCUCAAAACUCAAGGACUCUUACGCGGCAGACGAAAGAGACUGAACCGAGUCUUAGAAGCGCCUCGCCCUCCGCUAGCAAGUCCCAAUCACCGCCAGCAACUCCAAGAGGGCGAAAGAUAACGACUAGGGACUUUGGAUCCAUUGACAGUGCUUUGUCCAAGUCAGGAACCCAUCGGAGCAGCCUGACUGAGCGCCCUCUCGGCCAUUCGCCCCUGCGGCAAUCAGUACCAUCACAAUUCGAGGAAGGCGAAGAAUCAGCACCGCAGCCAGCAUCUUUGGUGCCACCGCCAUCAAUCCCGCUCCUGAAAACACAAGUUGCGCUGCUCAAUUUUAGGGCACCGGAGGAGGCUUCUGAAUCCCUCCCCGUACAUGCAGGUCGCAAACAGACUUCAAGCCCUGCUGGUGACAAACGUCCGGUUUUCUUGGAUGCAACUGGCAACUCCGGAACUGCAACUCCAAGCGGUCCAGACGACUCGUCAUCAAACCACAGGAACCACGUUAGUCUAAGCCACAUACUGACCAACGCCAUCAUUCUUCAGGAAUUUAUUCUUGAGAUUGCGGCAGUUGUGCAGCUACGGGCGACGUUCUUUGGCGAAGUCGAGUUCAACACGAAAGUCUCGGAUUAGUGGUUGUGGAAAAAACCAGAGCUGCGAAAAGACUGAUGUUGGCUUCUAUGUUUAUUAGUGUAAAGAUACCCUUCCGCAUCGUCGCAUGCUUCUUUCGGGCUACUGCACAGCAGGUCAUCAAUCGUCAAAUGCCGUUUACUA